GGACUGGAAAGGAAGGAGGCAGAAGCCAGAAUAAGAAGGGAGGGAGAGGGGAAGGAGUAUUAGUGGCAGGUAACAGGUGAGAGGGAAGCUGGGAGGUAAUAGGUGGAAGAGGUAUAGAGCUGGAGAAGAAGGAAUCUGAUAGGAGGUGAGAGCUGACUCUGGGAGAAUGGCAUUGCCUCCACCAAUACUGUUUGACCUGCUCAGUUCCUCCAGCAGUCUGUUGCAUUGGCUUUCCAGCACCUGUGGUCUUCUGUGUCUCCAAGUUCAGAAAACACACUUCCACCAAUGAAUGGUGAGAUUAUGGGAUUUCUGGCCGUUUGGGUGGAAGAUACAGAGGUAUUUAUGGGAAAGGUGGCCACGUUUGUGAGGAAAAUGGUUACUGGGAGUGCUGUGGAUUGGUGAAGAAGUAUAGGAUACUUUACAUGCAGCAUAAACUCUAUCAUGAACUGGUCUGGUCAUUCCAGUGUUCUGUUGGGCACUGGCUGGCAUAUGGGAUGAAACUGGAGAUCUCAUGCAGGCACAGGAAGAAUGUACAGACAGCAGCAGAGGUGAACCUGGUCGCUGGCACUGUAAUAACUUUAAGCUCACCGCUACAGGUCCGUGCGACUCAAAAAAAUCACAGAGAACUGUAAUCUAGUAAAGUGCUAGAAUAGGUUCAAAGGGCCAAAUGUCAUGCCAUUUUUAAAGUUUCAAAUUGUGAAUAAUGUUAAUUUUGAUUAUAAAAAGGGCUAAAUGUUACACUGUUACAGCAGAGAAUAACUUCACUGAGAAAAGAUUACUUCUGGGACCCCUGUCUGGCCUGCAUUUGCAGGGGGAAACACUCUGAAGAGGGGUUACUGACCACCCAGACUGGGAGACCUGCUCACUGAACUCGUAAUCACGCCUUAAUGAUAAUAAAAACUGACAUGAAUGGCAGGAAACAGAAUUGGACCUGCUGGAGAUGGUAGGAGUGUUGCAGCUUUUCAUUACUCCUCCUGUCAGACUCCCUGGUCACUUUCACACCCUCUUUGUCCUGUGGUUUGUGAUGCUUUCCCUUUUCUCAUGGAAAUAAAGGUUGAGAGAGUGAGAGAGAGAGAGGGAGGUGGAGCAUUUGUUUUUUUGGGGGGAAGGGCAGUGCAUUUUGCCAGCCACCUGGUAACAGGGUGUUUCGGAUGUUGGGGAAAAGCUGGAGGUGUUAAAAGUUAAAAAGGAUGUUGAUUACUUCAGUGCUUCCCUCUGCUGUUUACUGAAGCCUGAGGCCUCCCUUAAAGCAGCAAGGAUCCUGUUCCAUAUUCAUGAUCCAGUUUUCCUUCAUGCACUGUUCUGAACCUCCCAGUUUCUUCAACUCAGAACACUUUUUUGGUAGCUUUUACACUUUAUUCUACAUUAUUAAAGCUUUACCUUAUUCUGCCUCAUUGCACGGCGUAAUGAUUUGAUCUGUAUGAACAGAAUGCAAGACGAGCUUUUCACUGUAUCUUCGCACUUGUGACAAUGAUAAACCAAUUCCAAAUUCCACUGACAAGAAAAAGAGCAAAAUUGACUUAAAGAUUAGCUUUUAUUGUCAUGUGAGUUGAAACGUGUCAUUGUUGUCAAAUCAAAUCAGUAAGGAUUGUGCAAGGGUCACAACACUUUCUGCGGCAACAUGGCACAUCCAGAACUCACGACCCUAACCCCACGCAAUGUCUUUUUGGAAUGUGGGAGGGAGUUGGAGCACCCAGAGGAAACCCAUGUGGUCAUGGAGAGAACGUACAGACGGUGGCGGGAAGGCGCUGUAAUAGUGUUAUGUCAACUGCUACUCUACCGUACCGUCACAAAAAACGUUAAGACCGUACAUGACGCCUGUGUAUUUCUGCGAUGCCCUCUGUGUCAGGAGGAGUUGAAGCAAGGGGACGUUCAGAAGCACCUACAGCAGGAGCUGGAGAGAUUAUCUGCCCUCAAUCCCAGCUGUCCGGAGGAGUUCCCGGAUGAAAGCGCAGCACUCCAGCCAGAACCGUCACCUUCUGUCAAGGAGGAAGUGGAAACGCCCAGCGGAUCCCCUUUGUCCAAUGAUGAAAGGCAACAGACUUUCCAGCAAGUGAAGAUUAACCGAGAGAGCCGGCUGAAUGGUUACAGUAGAGUUCUACCUCUGAGAACCAUUUGUAACCCAAACUCUUUGCAAGUUGGAGAUGCAGUCACAGAUCAAGAUGCCUACAGAGCCAGAGCAAAGAGGUGCAAGCGAACCAGAGCUUCGGAUGAGGAGCAGGUCGCCAGCCUCUUUUCCAAGGAUCCCAGGUUCCCAGAUGCGGAGGAAGACAGCUUUCCUGGAAGGCAGUAUGUGGAAUAUGUGUUUCGGAGUGUGGGCAGGAACACCACGCCGCCUUUGCUGGGAUUGAAAGGGUCAAACUCUUGUACAGCACUGGGCUUGACAGGCCGAGACAGCGAUGGAGAUCUGGAGCCCAGUGUGGAUGAACCGCCAGUUUUUCCUAAAUUUAACAGGUGCCCGAGGGCGGAGAGCCUGGAAGGACACUCACAGAGGCUGAUGGAAGCUCUAGACAAGGAUGCUGCCGUGCUGAGGACGGCAAACUUGGAUGAGGAAGAAGGGGUGACGUCGGAGAUCUUAAAGGCAAGGAUCAACGAGCUCACUCAGAGAUUGCAGAGGAGAGAGGCCUACAGGUGCCAUGUGUGCAUGGGAUCAUACUCUGUACCCCUGACAUCAAUCCAAUGUUGGCACAUUCACUGUGAGGAGUGUUGGCUCCGCACCCUGGGUUCAAAGAAGCUCUGCCCCCAGUGUAAUACCAUCACCUCCCCCGGUGACCUGCGCAGGAUCUACCUGUAGAUGGGCUCCCAGGCUGGGUUACUGCAGCUGAUCCACCACAGAUCCCUCACUGCUGCUGAAAGACUUCUCAUUGGUGCUUUGUUCCUGAAACAAUGGCAUGUUUAAACCUCGGGACCGGGUGAACAGCUUCCCGGAGACACGAGCCAAGUCUCAGUGUGAAGUGUUCACCAUCACCAGCUCAAAGGCCGCAGGAGAGUAUUUUCCAAGGUUCAAGUUUAUUUGUCGCGUAGACAUUGAAACAUACAGUGAAAUGUGUCAUUUGUGUUCACAACCAACGCACCCAAAGCCGCACGCCACACAUUCUGGCACAAGCAUAGCGUGUCCACAAUACUCGGCAGAACAACACAGAACACAACAGAACAGGAACAAAACAACAAGCGUAAAACAAGCCCCUGUUUCUCCCUCCCACCCAUACACAUAAAUGGCCCUCUGACCCCAAGAUGGUCCAUAUUCUUCGGCCGCUAACCUCCAGUGAACCCGGAUUUGGACUUGGAUUCACACGCAGAUACGCAGACACCGGGCCUUUGACUACUCCAGUGAACUCACUGCAUUUUGUAAACGCGGGGGUUGACUUGUGGACUUCUGAUUUGAAAUUUGGGCCUCGAUCCUCGGCAUCAAUCUAGAGUCUGCCACACAUCGAAUACCCGGCCUCUAACUUUGGACCUGUCCGUGAAUGAUCCAGUCACUCCUCUGGAAUUUUUUGGUUUUAGUUUGGGGUUUCUACACUUAGUUUCACUCUCUGUGCCUCCACCCUAGGUUUCCUCAGGAACAAUGGCAGAGUAAGACCUGGUUGCUAUGGUAACCCUGCACCAACAUCUCAUCCCUGAUCAUGAUCUGUGCUGGGAGAUGUCUGGUUGGGAAGUCCGCCUUUGACUUCAUUCUGUGGGGUUCAAUUUACUGCCUGUACUAGUCCAAUUGCCCUUGAGGAGCCAGUUCGAGAAUGUUCACUACCACUUUAAGGAUGGUGAGAGUUGGGUAAUAAAUACUGGCCUUUGUCUUCAACAACCAGAUCCAAAUGAAUGAAUAACGAACAGCUUUUGUACCAGCCUUCAGCUCCCUGUGGGACCUGCAAAGACCCAUUUGAAGCCAAAGUUGGGAACGUUUGUUCAGUCUGCAAGAUUUGGUAACUGCUUUGAGUGGUUCCAAUGUUAUAGUGUUGGUGGUGUGCAAAAUUAUCUCAAUUUAUAAAGUCAAAGUCACAUUUAUUUUCAUCUGCACAAGUAUGUCUAUGCACAGGUGCAAUGAAAAACCUACCUGCAGGCACAAUAUUCCCCAAAAAUCAUAGACGUAAUAAAAUACUGUAAAUCAAUUUUUACAAGAAAACACAAUUAGAAAAAUAAAAUCUGAGUCCAUUGUAGUUACAGUGUUACUAUACUGAGGCAGUGAUUAAGGUUGUGCUAGCUUGUUCAUGGUUUGAACGGUCGAACCUGGUGCUGAGUGACUUCAAGCCUCUGAAGCUCAUGCCCGAUGGUGGCUGUGAGAAGAUGAUAUGGCCCAAAUGGGUUUGGGAAUUGCCCUGAAUUCACUUGGGUACCAUUGACUCGGUGGGACCAAUUCUGGCAUAAAAACCUACCCUAUUGCUACAGAGCCAGUGGUUGUAUGUGGAGAGAGGAGACAAAUUCCAUUACCAUUAGGCAAUUAGACAUAGGAGAAAAAUUAUGUCCAUCGAGUGUGCUCUGCCAUUCAAUCAUUGCUGAUUUAUUAUCCCUCUGAACCCUGUUCUCCGGCCUUCUCCCUGUGACCUUUGACACCCUUACUAAGCAAGAAUCCAUUGAAGUGUAUGAAAGGGAGCUGGGUAUCUGAAGGCAACAAGCUGGACUAAGAGGAGAGGAUAGGAGUGUGGGACUGCCGACAACUUAAUCGGAGACAGCAUUCUGUGCUACUGGAAACAGAGGCCUUUGCGAGGAAAAGAAAGUGGAGUGAAGGCUUCCAGCUCUCUUUCCUCCCUCCUACCCACUUGACAUAUAGACACAGACAGGCCUCCAACCUGAGGGCAGGUUGUCAUCAGGGCCUCAACUUCCCUGGCAGCUGUUCUCCCUCUUUGGGCUUUGACUUUCAGUAUUGACCCCAGGGCUCACUAAUCACGAGACUUUGAAAUCUGGGCUUCAAAUUCUGGAUUUGCAUAAGCCUUCCGUAGUCCAGAUUUGCAGACAGGGGUCAAGCCUCCAACUUCUGGUCACGGCAACUUCAGUCCUUGACUUUCCGGUUCAACCUUCAAUAUUGACUCCAGGAUUUCCAAUCACUGGACUUUGAAUUCCGGACUCGCAUGAACCUCUAACCCCAGAACCCACCAACCUGGGGGCUUCUGGAGACCUUAAGCAAUAAUUGGUGUCUUGUCAGGUCAUUCCAUUCAAUAUCUUUUAACUGUCCUAUUCAAAUAAAGUCUAUUCUUGCUUUGCGA